UGCACACUGAAGUUAGUGUCCCACAGCUCUGGAUAAUAUUUUUAUUGCCAAGGAAUGAAAGAGUGGCAUCAGACCUUUUCGCUAUAGUGGAACGUUUUUCCCUCUGAUAUCUGUAUAAAAAGAAUCAAGAGGAGGAUUCAUUUUCUAAGGAUGGGAUUGUACCAAAGCUUACCUUAAACUCUAUAAUAUAUUUACACUUUUCUGGAGGAGUUGUCUAUCGGGAAUGCAAAUACCUCUUUCAUAGAGGAUUUUAUUAUAGUAGAACUUUUAUGUAGUGUGAGAAUUUGAGUAGCCAACCAUGCUGCUUGGUUUCCAUCUCAAAAUGUUCUCAAAAUUGUAUCAGGAAUCUCUAUAGCAUUCAGUUCUUAGACUUUAAGGAACACGUAUGGACAGUCAUUAUUUUCUAUAUGCUCAGAAAUGGCUCUCGGAGAAAAUGAUUAAAUAAACACUUUUGAAAUAAUUGUAACCAACUUUAUGCUAAUACGCCAUAGCUUCUCUAUUCUAGCUGCAUUUCUUUUAUACUAUUAUUUGGCUAUUAUUUUUACAAACGUUGGACAUUUUCUUUAAAAGUGUAUUUCUGGGGUUGAUAGACGGUCGCCAGGAUAGCAGAGUAACAGGUCCUCAUUGCGUAUUGGACUGCACCGGACACCACACAGACUGAAAGAUUCCUAAAGAUUUCAUAUGGAGCCGAGUGACCCCCUUCAUCCAUCUGACCACCGGACUAUGUGGCUUACCCACCUCGCCCUGCUGCUGCUCCGGCUGGCGGUGUCCGCCGAGGGGCUCUCCACCUGCCAGUCAUUCAGCCUGGAUGAUCAGAAAUCCAAGCGCAUCGAGGCCGUCCGCGGGCAGAUCCUCAGCAAGCUCCGCUACCGGAGCCCACCCGAGCCCCCCGCACCUAGCCCACAGCCCGAGGCCGUACCCGCUGAGGUAAUGCUACUCUACAACAGCACCAGAGAGCUGUUGAAGGAGCGUGCGCGUCAGUCCGAUUCCGCGUGCGACCGAGAGAGCAGCGAGGAGGAUUAUUACGCAAAGGAGGUUCAGCGCAUAGACAUGCUUAGGCAGCGCACGGACACAAAUGCAGUGAACCCUCCAGUCCCCAGCCCAUAUUACAGAGUGGUGGGGUUCGAUGUGAGUGGUGUGGACAGGAACUCCAGCACCCUGGUCAAAGCUGAGUUCAGAAUCUACAGGACACCAAACCCCCAGGCCCGCACCUCAGAGCAGAGAGUAGAGAUCUAUCAGGUGAUAAAACCAGAAGAGGCAACAGGUCCCUCGCAGAGAUACAUCAACUCCAGAACGGUUCGCCCACGGACCAAGGGGGCGUGGCUCUCGGUGGAUGUCACAGACACUGUGACGGACUGGCUGGCUCAUAGAGAGAGGAACCUGGGUUUGAAGCUGGGUGUUCACUGUCCGUGCUGCACCUUCGUUCCCUCCACCAACAGCAUCGUGUUCAAUAAGAGCGAGGAGCUGGAGGCGCGCUUCGCUGGUCUGGAUGAUGAGCUGCUUCAGCAGCAGUUGCGGAGGCCAGGGUCAGGGCUGGCUAAGGGCCAGGUAGAUUUUAGUACCAAGACCCCCCACCUCAUCCUCACCUUGCUGCCCAGUUACAGGGUCGACAACCCAGGCAAGAAGAGCCGCAAAAAGAGGGCCACCGCAGACACCACCACCUGCUCCAGGAACUCCGACGUGGACUGCUGUCUGCGAUCGCUCUACAUCGACUUCCGCCGGGACCUGAACUGGAAGUGGAUCCACGAGCCGAAGGGCUACAAGGCCAAUUUCUGCUCUGGCAGCUGCCCAUACGUCUGGAGCGCUGACAGCCACUACAACAUGAUCCUGCCGCUGUAUAACAAACUGAACCCUGAGGCGUCGGCAUCUCCGUGCUGCGUACCUCAGGACCUGGAGCCUCUGACCAUCGUUUACUUCAUGGGCCGAACGCCCAAGGUAGAGCAGCUCUCCAACAUGGUGGUCAAGUCCUGCAAGUGCCGCUGACGCAGGGAGCCCAGCGGCGGGACACGAGGAGGGACUACAACAAACUACCACUUUUGGUCCUCAAACAAAAAGGACAGCCUGACUAUCUCUAGAUAUUUAACCCUUCAUUUCACUAUGACACAUUUUACAGAGUCUGUCACAGAUUAUUUUUAAACUCACAAGCAUGAAACUCUGAAAAUCGUCGUCAGCAAUGGGUCUUUUCCCCACUUUCAUAAGGUUGAGAAUAUUGUAAAUAUUGAAUUCCUUAAUAGCUUUAAAAUCUGAUAAAGUAUUUUGAUUGGAAAUA